AUGACCUCUCAAGUCAUAUCUGUCACUGCCAAUCCUUCUCCACUCACUAAGACGACCUCCUUCAUUACCUCCCUCAUCUCACCAAACACUCAAAAAAAUCAACCACUUUCAUUGAAACAAAACGACAGGAAAUGGCGCUGGUGGAAUAUAUUGAGUGUGAUCAUCCUACUGCUUGUAUUAUUCGAGAUCAUUAUACUCUGUACAAGUUAUUCUAUACUGAGUUCUGAAAAGCCAUUGGUCACAAUUGUAAAAAGACAAUACCCUACCAUGAAAUACACCCACCUUGACACCGACAUACAAAGCAAGAUCGAAAAGGAUACUCGUGUAUAUCACGUGACUAAAGAGUUUGGACCAGCUGCGAUAUCAGACCUAGGUCGAUACGUGACAGGACUCGCUACCGCUCAACAAGCGUCCGAAUUGACAGACGUCGCGAUCGUCAUGCCACUGUAUCCGUUCAUGCGAAGAUUAGCGCCUACGCUAGAGAUUGAAAUGAUGAUCGAAAUGCGAGGCAAACACCCCGGAGAGAAAGCCGCCUUGGAAUUUCGCGUUUACAAGGCAAUGUAUGCCUUUAAUCCUCCUGUACAAGCGCCAGCCAAGCGUGUGUGGCAGAUGAUCAACAAUGUCAACACCUCCAUCAAUCUGACACCACAACGAGAACCUGCCAAGAGGGAUGCUAUACCUGUGUAUAUGAUCAGUCAAGCAAACAAAUUUCCGUUCAACAAGGCAUUCAAACACCGCACGCCUGAUGAAAUAAAUGAUGAGCAUCCUGAUUUGCCCAACGACUGGCGAGAUCAAUAUUUUGCAAAAGCUGCCACUGCCUUUCUAGCGUACAAGGCAAAUGCCGCAGAUGAAGAAUCAAUUUUCGCCCCUAUUCGAGUCGUACCUCGUGUUGAUAUCGUUCAUAUUCAUGGUGCGUCCAACGCCUAUGUGGCUAAAUUCUUACAAGACAAAAAGGAAGCAGAUGAUCUCGGUCCCCGUCCGCCCGCGAUUGUGUAUACGGUACAUGAUCAUCAAGCCGAGAUGAAAUAUUGUAACUCUUUCCGCAGUGUUCGUAAAUUUCUAGACCACUCUGGUGACCGAGAGAAGCUACACAAGUACGUAUACGGAGGCCGCAUGUUUAUGUCCAAGGUUGCUAUUGAUCAUGCCGAGGCAGUGACAUUUGUAGAUCAUGCCCUAGCUGCUGACGUUCUCGAAGGUCGACGUGAUUUUCAUCUCAAAGAGCUCGUAAUGGACAGUCUGCUGCGAAAAGCGCAAGGUUCACGGUUCUUUGGUAUUAAUCAAGCCAUUGAUUAUCACAGCACAGAUCACCCCUUUAUUACCGACAAACUCGCCAACAAGUCGAUGGUAUAUCCCAAAUAUGCACUCGACAUGAUUCAUGAUCAGCCUUCGCUUCAAUCGGUCGAUCCAUCCCAGCCCUUGACGUUGGUCGUGCCUGAGACCCCUACCUACUGGACACUCCCUGAGCUCUCCAAGGAUUUUGUGUCUGUGUACAAGGAUCGGGCCAGACGAUACUUAAUUCGACGCAGCUUUUUGAAAGAAGCAGACAUGAGACGACCCGUCGUUCUGUUUCGAGGUGCCCUUUCAUACAAUGCGGGUGCCGAGAGCCUCGCAUAUGCCGCUCAACUAUUUGCCGAACAUAAUAUGAAGCUUAUCAUCAUGGGAUCCCGUGCAGACUACCCAUUUGAAGAAAUAAAAGCUAUUGAAGCGCGGUACCCAGAACAUGUCAAGGUUGUCUCAGAUGUCAAGGAUGUGCGUCGAUAUGACACCUUGUGUAGAGCUGCUGCUGAUUUUGUCUUUGUGCCUACGGCCCGCGAAGACGAUCUGGCGCUACAGACAGUCGGUGGCCUUGUCUAUGGAUCAGCCGUUAUCUCUACUGGUACAGGUCGAUUACAUGCUGCCUUCAUUGAUAGAGGAGAUGUCAGAGGAAAUGUUCAUGUUGGUUAUCCAGAUUCUACCAAGACAGAAAACGGUGCCACUGUGACAAGUUACGAAUAUUAUAAUGCCUAUCUUUACAAUUACACCUCCAAGGACUCUCUUAAGCAAGCCAUAUCAGAUGCUGCGUCUGAUUAUAACCAGCUCAUCCGUAACAACAAGGUGCUUCGUGAAGAGUUUAUCUUGAGAAUGAUUCGUAGUGCGAUCAGUCUAGCUUGGGAUAAAGGUCAUUUCCAGGGCCCUAUGCACGAGUAUAAUCAAGUCUAUCAGUUAGUUUUGCAGGACAGACUUAUUCCUCGUAUGCGAAUGCACGAAGUAGAACAGGAGAAUGAACUUGUUUCCAGACUUCGAGAUAACGCAGAUGAUCCCUUCAAGUGGAAUUAA